AUGGCCGCUGCCACUACCUCAAAAUCCAGCACGAUGUCAUCGCCAAACAACAAGAAAAGCUUACCCAAAUCUGAAGCCCCCGCUGGAGAGCCCGUCAAGGUCGAUUCCAACUCUCAAGCACAGGCACCCGUUACUGAAGAGACGACUUCGGACACGAAACCGACGGCGUCAAAUGGUCCCUUGGGUCCUCCUCCGCGACCGAGUACCACUGGCGACACGCCAGACUACUUCAAUACUGUCCAUAAUCCGUUCAGUCUGGAGCCCAAUGUAUUUGAAGCAUCUUUCGGUGGCACAUCCUCUGUAGAAACUCCUGGAAAGACCAUCCUGCCACCGGUCGCCAAUAUUACGUCCCCCUCGCCGUUGCCAGGUAUCACACCGGGUUGGCAGUCGUUGCGCGCAGGCCCUUUGAGCCCUGCUAUGCUCACUGGGCCUACGAGCCAAACAGAUUACUUCAGCGAGUCGUUUCGCGGUUUCCCGACUCCUAACGAGUCGUCUCUCCGGACAGGCCUUACACCAGGCGGCGGUGGGUCUAUGUUCCCGGCGCCUAGUCCAAACACACAAGCCAUAUUCAACCUCCAGAGCGCCGGCGUAACUCCAGGCACGGCGGACUUCCAACAGUCUGCUCUCCGCGCUGCUGCUCAAGCAAACCAGGGCAAGGCACCGGCUACAUCGGCACCGACCUCGCAGCCCGAAGCAGCAACGGCUGGAAUGGAUCGGCAAAACAACUACGCGCAAGCGCAGCAACCUCAACAGCGUGCCCAGAACGACCCAUAUGCUAACCAUGACGUCAGCAAUGCCGCCAAUGAUCUUCUGUCGUUCGCUACACAGAAUGGUGGUGCUCGCAACGGCCAACAGCCCUUCUCUAUGCCGCAGCAACAACUGCCGGUGAACGCUGGCCACAUGCCCGUCCAGCCCGUCAGCCAGGAUAACGGACGGCGCAACACUAAGGGCUCUAUCAGCAUCUCUGGCUCCGCAGACACUGGCGACUUCUCGGAGAGCGGAAUGAGCGAAGAGGCAAAAACAACCACUCGCUCGCGAGCAAAGAAAGGCGGCGCGAACGGCAAGCAAACCGCCGGCACGAAGCGCAAGGCCGAUGAAGCUCCCAAAGGCGGUAGCAGGAAGAAGGGCGCACCCCCGUCCCUCCCCGACGAAGACGAGAUGAUGGAUACCGACGACGAGGGUAAGGACAUCAAAAACGAGGAGUCGGGCGGCAAGAAGAUGACGGAUGAGGAGAAACGCAAGAAUUUCCUCGAAAGGAACAGGGUCGCUGCGCUCAAGUGCCGCCAGCGAAAGAAACAAUGGCUGGCUAACCUCCAAGCCAAGGUCGAGCUGUUUAGUACGGAGAACGAUGCUCUUUCCGCCACCGUUACCCAGCUUCGUGAGGAGAUUGUCAACCUGAAGACCCUCCUUCUGGCUCACAAGGAUUGCCCCGUCUCUCAGGCUCAGGGUCUCCACGGUGCAGCUAUGAACAAUUUCCUUGGUAGCGACAUCAACCACCAGAAUCCGUACGGCAUCGCUCAGCUACAGCCCAAUGGCGUCCACAUGGGCCUUCCCAUGCAACCGGGCGCUCAGAUGAUGAACCGGUUCGUAUUCCCACCUCAACGGGUGCCAGGUCCAGAAGGACAGGAGAACGCAUACCCGCUCAAAUGA